AUGAUGCGGGAGCGGCGUGAAGGCCGUGAGCCCCACACAUUUUUAGACAGCUGCUGCCUCGAGGAGCAGAUAUCACCGCGACUAAAUGAACUCAGGCAUCACAGUCGCUGGGUCGGGGACCCGGAGACGACGACGUCGACGAUGUUCAAUCGCUUCAGCAGCGUGAGCCCACAUCAGCCCGGCAUCUCCUACGAGAGUGCGCACAGCAGCAGGAAUGGGGUCGGCCACAUCCCGCAGCAGCAGCAGCCGCCGCCGCCGCCGCCUCCCAUGCCCUUCUUUUUGGGCGGCGGCGGCAGCGGCGGAGCCGGCUCGAAGUUUCUUGACUGGCCGCCGCCCCCUCCAGCCACAUACUGGAGUCUGCCGCAGGAUGCCCCGUGGAUUCCACCGCCGCCCAUUCCGCAAAAUGCCUCAGGUGCUUCCCGCAGCGGCAUCGGUGGCGGUGCAGCUGCAAAGUGGCCGACGCCAGAAGACAUUCCACUGCCAUCAACCUUCCCGUUCCCACCGUACCUGUUGCCGCCUUUUCCACCGAUGCCGGCAAACGUGGACUGGGGCCAAAUACCACCGCCCCCGCCGUGGUUUCCGUAUCCCCAGGGGGGACACCAUAGGCAGCAGCAACAGCGGGGACAAUGCCGCGGGGGGGACACCUCAACCCUCGACGAGGCCGGCGAGGAUGACGCCGACGACGGUAGUCAGACGGAGCCGAGCCCUCGACUGAAGGGCGGGCGUGGAGCGCGCCAAAAGGGCUCCGCACGUCGACCUUCUAUAUCCGAGCAGGAAGAAAGGCAUAUGCGCUCGGUGGCUCGCGGGGCAGCAAGGCGUCAACUGCAACCAGGAGUGUCCCGCUGCUCGACUAGGGACCCUCCGCGGAAGACAACAAAAGACGAACGGCAGGAGCGUGCAAAUUUCUCGUCAGCACGAGGGCGGAAUGCACCUCGUGCUGGUGCAGCGUCUGCGCGGAGGUUGGGUUUACCUUCUGACGCCUUAGGGGCCGUUACGGCAAGCUCUCGACCAGCUAGUAGACCAAUACCACGUGACCGAAGUAGAAAUUACUACACGGAAGCGGGUGCGCUCAAGGGGGUUCCACCUCGUUUAGAGGACGCCAUGAAAGGGCUACCUUCCUCGCGAAGUGCAAGAAUGUCGAAUACCUCUCGUGGCCCCAGCCGCCCCUGGACGCCCCACGCAGACGUGGGCAGCAAAAGGAAUAACACCGGCCACUUGUCAAAUGCCAGCAUGCAUAGUGGUGUUCAGCAUGCGAAUUACCAAGAGGCAGCGAAGCAGGAUGAGCGUGUGGCCGAAUAUCUGAAGGGCAUUGAGGACCUUUACAACCGCUUACGCAGCAGUUAUGAAGAUUUUCAGCGGGAUCCAUCGAAGUUUAUAAAGAAUGCCUCUGUGUUGAAGGAGGCAGCAUUAGCCAAGGCGCCGCCACCGCCGCCGCAGUCAUCCUUGUUGUCACCGGCAGCAGUACGGCCGUCCUCGUCGCCGCGUGACUUCCUUUAUGAUACAGCUACAGUAGAGGGCAAGCGCUACGACACGAAGUCCGAGGCACAGCAGGGGGGGGAGAUGCCUCCAUUAUCUCGGGAGUCUCAACGAAUAAGGGAGGAAUUGUUCAAGUUAGAGAUGCAGUGGCAACGACUAGAGGAGUUGAAGCGAGGCGCCACUGGAGAACGCGGCGCCGCCCCAAUGGAGAUGUUGCAGGACGACCUUAUGGAAACAACGUCGCGGGUGCUGCACGGAACAGGGGAGCACAGGGCGGAGCCCUGCGUCGGCAAGGCCAACGGCUACGACCGUGCGAGACACAACGAGCGAAGCAGAAGCAAGCGUGAUGCAAUAUACGGGAACAGUUCACAAGGGGUUUCCACAGCGGAAGGGGUUGGGAAGGAAAGGCCAGCGGCCAGUAUCCUCUCACGCAGCUCUGCCCCACACAAUACAGGAAAUCAGUCACAGAACGGUUCCUUGGACGGCGGCCAUGUGGGUCACGGAAAUCGGAGCGUCAAUACCAGCACGAGCAGUCACGGGCCUGUUACCCGUGACCAUGUGCUGGAGUUGGUGCGGGAGCGAAAGGCUAUGCUGGAAUAG